AUGGAUGACGUCAUGCUCCGGUUCCGGAUGCACACCAUCGUGUACCUGUCCUUCGGGCUGCGCUUCUGCGGUCUCCUGCUGAGCUUCGCCGCGCCCGUCCUGCUCUGGGGUGCCGCUAAGAGCACGAACUCUUGCGUGGUCUACGACCUGCUGCCCUCGGUGGACCUUGUGGUGGGAGUGGCGCCGCAGCGCCACGUCUGGAGCCUGGCGCUGCUGCUGGACCUGAAUCCGCGGCUGGUGCUCGCCUUCCUGCACUGGCACUACCUGGGGCGGCGUUACGUGCUCGUAGCUCCGCAGGAGCGCUCCCUCUUCACGCUGGUGACGCACGCGGGCCUUGCGCUGCACGUGGCCGAGACGCUGUCGCUGAGCCUGGUUUCCGGACUGCGCAACUACCAGGAGUACCCAGCGCACGAACGUAUCUACACCCACUUCGUCGUCUCCUCGCUCAUGUUCAUGCUGAGCGCGUGCCUGUCCCUGCGCAUGUGCCAGCAUGAGCAGGGUCACAAGGCUCGCCGGUCCUUCCGCCUGAAGCUGUGCCUCAUGAUGCUGGCAGGGGCGGUGGCUGCGGCCAUGCUCGUUUACGUGAACAAACACCGUGCAAACUGUUCCGAAAAAGCCGAAUCGUGGUUCCCGGUGUGCCAGUGGGUGUACGCCUUGUGUCACGUGGCUUUCCACUUGACGUUCGUCUACGACAUCCCGAACCGAGAGGUCAUCGUGGGCACGACGCGGCGGAGGGCUCUGCGCAGGGACAGCCGACACGGCUGA